AGUGGCUUGGUAUGCUUUAUCCUACAGUCCCAGGAAGGAGAUGGGGCCACACUCCCAGUGUCCUGUGGCUCAGUGAUCUCUAACUAUGUCUCUCUUGGUGGGUUGUAGGUCUGGCAGUGAGAAGCCCUCGAAGCCCCACUUGCAGUCACCAGAGCCAUGUGACUGCCGGCUACCCCUGCUGAGCAGCGUCCAGAGGAUACAGAUAAUGGGUUACAGAGUGGAGGUGACUCUGAAUCCUAAAACAGCCAACCCUGAGCUUGGAGAUGAGCGGAAGGACCUGCCCAACUACCGCGAGAGAUUCGACACAGCUCCUUGCAUCCUGGCCAAUGAUGGGUUCUCGUUUGGGAGGUAUUACUGGGAAAUGGAGGUGUGGGAUGCUGGCUGCUGGGCUGUGGGGGUGGCCAGGAAGUCAGUGAAGAGAAAGGGACAUCUCAGACUCACACCUGAGCAUGGCUUCUGGACUGUGGAGAUGCACAUGGGCAAAUACUGGGCUCUCAACAUCUCCCUGGCCCUUGUGUACUGCGAGACGCUUCACAAGGUAGGGAUUUAUCUGGACUACACGGAGGGGCAAGUGGCCUUUUACAAUGCUGAGUCCUUGGCCCAUCUAUACAGCUUCACUGCCUCUUUCAAGGAGGAAAUUUUCCCCUUCUUCUAUACCAAGGACAAGAAGAUCCCACUGGUCAUUAAUAGGUUCGAGACUGAGGGAUGGAUUCCUCUGACUGAACAGAUGCAGCCUAGUCCAGCCCCCAUCAUUUGACUUGCGUGUGCUUUCCACUGCCCCAGCACAGACAGAACGAGAGCAUGUCGCUUGCAUCCGCUUUGCAGUCAAAUGUUCCAUUUUAAUACCAUUGAAAUGCUGCAUUUGGAUUUUUUUCUGACUGAAAGUUUGUCAACAUGAGUGGAAUGGAACAUUUCAGUUUUUCAUUUUAAAUUUUUAAAGUCCAAAUCAGGAGAAAACAUUUGGAUUUUAUCAGAUGAAACAUUUUGAUUGACCUAAACCAUUCUUUAAAAACGCUGUUU